AUGGAUUUCGUAUUCAUCAUUUUCAAUAAUCAUUUAAUUGCAGGAAAAUGCUUUGGGAAGGGUACUCCCAUUUUAAUGUAUGAUGGACGUAUAAAGGCUGUUGAAACAAUUAAAGAGGGUGAUCAGGUGAUGGGAGAUGAUAGUACGCCUCGCAAUGUUAGUGGCGUUACUAGUGGCAAAGGAAUUCUUUACAAAAUAGUACCAAUAAACUAUUCGUUUGCUCAGCCUUUUGUAUGCAAUGAUGCGCAUAUUCUUGUUCUUAAGAUGAUGUCAGGGCCUUCCUUGCAACAUGAAUGCAACAAGUAUGGAGAGACAGUGCUUAGACUUGUCUACUUUACAUAUGAUCGUGCCACAAAUUUGAUAAAAAAAUCAACCAAGCCUUAUCCGGUUCGAAGUACGGACUAUUCUACUAUCAACAAUGCCAAGCAGGCUGCCAUUCGCGAUUUGGAAUUGCUUAAUAAAGUUGGAAAUUUCA